AUGGGGAAGGACCGGCGCGUGUGCUAUUUCUACGAUAGCAGCAUAGGCAACCACUACUUCGGGCCCAACCACCCGAUGAAGCCGCACCGCGUCACAAUGGCGCACCACCUCGUCCUGGCCUACGACCUGGACCGCGACAUGGACUGCUACCGCCCGCGCCUCGCGGGCGGGUCCGAGAUGGCCGCGUUCCACUCCGAGGACUACGUCGACUUCCUCCGCCGCGUCACCCCGGGGAACCAGGAGCAGCUGCUGUCGCAGAUGCAGCGGUUCAGCGUGGGCGAGGACUGUCCGGUGUUCGACGGCGUGUGGCGGUUCUGCCAGAGCUACACGGGCGCGAGCAUCGACGCCGCGACGAAGCUCAACUACGGGCAGUACGACGUGGCGAUUAACUGGUCCGGCGGGCUCCACCACGCGAAGAAGGCCGAGGCCUCGGGGUUCUGCUACGUCAACGACCUCGUGCUGUGCAUCCUCGAGCUUCUCAAAUACCACCCGAGGGUCCUGUAUAUCGACAUCGACAUCCACCACGGCGACGGCGUCGAGGAGGCGUUCUACGCCACGGACCGCGUCAUGUGUGUGUCCUUCCACAAAUACGGCGACAACUUCUUCCCCGGGACGGGCGCGCUGCGCGACAUCGGGCACAGUCGCGGGAAACAUUACAGCGUGAACGUUCCGCUCAAGGACGGCAUCGACGACGACGACUUCCUCGCGCUGUUCAAGCCGAUCAUCAACAAGACCAUGGAGAUGUACCGCCCGGGCGCCGUCGUGCUGCAGUGCGGGGCCGACUCGCUCGCGAACGACCGCCUCGGAUGUUUCUCCCUCUCGCUCCAGGGCCACGCCGAGUGCGUGCGCCACGUGCGCUCCUUCGGCGUCCCGCUCGUGGUCACCGGCGGCGGCGGCUACACCAAGUCCAACGUCGCGCGCUGCUGGGCGUACGAGACCGCCGUCCUCCUCGGCAAGGACGUUCCCGAGGAAUUACCCCCCAACGACUACUACGAGUAUUUCGCCCCGACGUACUCCCUGCGCGUGCCCCCGCCCUACAUCAAGAACUUCAACGCGCCGCAGGACCUCGACCACAUCCGCGCGACCUGCCUCGAGUCCCUCCGCCAGCUCCAGCACGCCCCGGGCGUCGCCAUGGACGUCAUGCCGCCGGACUGGAUGCUGCCGGAGAACGAGAUGGACGGCGGGGAGGUCGACCCGUACGCAGGGCAAACGGCCGCGCAGCGCCGGGCCGCGCUGAGGGACCCCAACGCGGACGUGUACUGA